GCUUGCUUCUAAUACCUUUCUGUGAUACCCCAUUCUGUUUCCAUACUUCGUCAUGGCUGUUAAGGAGUGCUACGUCAACGAGGAGCCCCAGCAAAGCCCUUGGGUGCAAACUCCGUUGAGAGAGUCGUACGCAUUAUCAGAAGCAGCAGGAUGCAGAAUCUUCCUCAAGCUGGAGAAUCUCCAACCCUCUGGAUCAUUCAAGUCAAGAGGCAUUGGCAACUACAUCCUCCGCCGUCUCGAAGAACUCCCACAAGGCUCGCGCCCUCACAUCUUCGCAUCCAGCGGCGGCAAUGCAGGGCUCGCUGCUGUUCACUCGGCUCGUGCUCUCAACUUGCCUUGCACUGUUGUCGUACCAACCUCCACAGCACCAUUGAUGGUAGCCAAGCUACGAGCAGCAGGUGCAUAUGAAGUCAUUCAGUAUGGUGCAGCUUGGAAAGAUGCAGAUGCAUACCUUAAGGAGCACAUCAUACCCUACGCACAGACAGAAACCAUCUACUGCCCACCCUUUGAUCACCCAGAUAUCUGGCAAGGAAACAGUACCUGCAUGGACGAGAUCGCCGCUCAGCUUGGCGAGCCCGACGUGUUGAUCUGCUCUGUCGGCGGCGGUGGUUUGAUCAACGGUAUCUGUCAAUCCAUGGACAACCAUCAAAUGAGCAAGACAACCAUUCUCGCCUUGGAGACCGCUGGUGCCGAGAGCUUGAAUGCAGCACUUCAAGCCAAGGAAGUUAUCACAUUGCCCAAGAUCACAUCCCAAGCAACAAGUCUAGGCAUUGCCCGUGUGACAGACGCCACAUACAAAUAUGCCCAGCGAGGCAACGUCCGAAGCGUAGUCCUACCUGACGCAGAAGCGGCUAUGGGCUGCUGGCGUCUGGCAGACGACGAACGUAUCAUGGUCGAGCUCGCCUGCGGCAUCAAUGUUGCUCUUUGCUACGACGGCCGGCUCGAGAAAGCACUUGGUCGCCCCGUUCGACCAGAAGACAAAGUUGUGAUUGUGCUUUGCGGAGGAAGCAAUGUCACGAGUAAGAUGUUGUGCGACUGGAGGAACGAGUACGCGUACAUCGAGGAAGAGACUGAAGCAAGGAGGAGGAAGAGCGAUUCUGCGCUUGGCAGUGAGACUCAGAGUGAGACUGGCAGUGUGAAGGAUAUGGAUAUGGGAAAUGUACCCAGUGAGUACAGCAAGCCUAUUGUGAUCGAGGGUAUUGAGGUUGAGUGUGUGGAGUGUUCCGGCUAGGAGUUACGUCCUCUCGUUUCUCUUCUCUUCUUACGAAUUUCCUUUAUAGAUCACGUUAUAUAUGUAAGCGCUUUCAUGACGGCG